AUGAGUGUUGUACGACAAAGCGUACGAAGAUACAUAACGUCCUCAAAAGUUGCUGCUACUAUGCCAAACAUUGUAAAAGAAAGAAUGUCUGCACCUGCUCAGCCACCGGUCUUUAGUAAUAAAACGUUUUAUAAAAGAGCUCUCCCAUCUCAAUGCUUGGCAUUCGACUCACAUGCAGGCAAGCAGGUAUUCUUAAGAGCACUUCAAGAAGGUCACAUGGAAAAUUACUUUUCGUUGGCUCAACAAAUGGUUACUCAAAACGAACCAGCCUUUUGUGGAAUAGGUACUUUGUGUAUGAUCCUUAAUUCCUUAAAGGUAGACCCAGGUCGCUUGUGGAAGGGAUCUUGGCGUUGGUAUGAUCAAAACAUGCUGGAUUGUUGCCGUUCACUGAAGGAUAUAGAAAGAGACGGGGUUACUCUCGAGGAAUUUUCUUGUUUAGCAGAGUGCAAUGGUUUACAAACUGUGACAAAAUGUGUGAAAGACGUUUCCUUUGAAGAGUUCAUCAAAGACCUCACCAUCUGUUCUACACAAGAGGACAAGAUCAUGGCAAUUUCUUUCAGUCGUAAAGUACUGGGACAAACAGGAGAUGGUCAUUUUAGUCCCGUGGGUGGGUAUAGUGAAACAGAUGGCAAAGUCUUAAUUUUAGAUGUUGCCAGAUUCAAGUAUCCCAGCUACUGGGUAGGCUUGGAAUUGAUGUACCAAAGUAUGUUUCCUUUGGAUGCCACAAAUGGUCAGCCAAGGGGUUAUGUGCUAUUGGAAUCUAUGCGACACCCAGUAGGCGUGUUCACGGUUGGUUUGAAUAAGUACAGUUGGAAAAAUGUGUCGAAUCACAUUCAUCAUGGGGUUGCUAGUGCAAAGUCCGUGCAGGAUUUGAUUGCUCGCUUAGAUUCCCUAAAUCAAUCAUCCAUACCGCUCAUACAACAGCGAUCCAACAGUUCCUUAUCGGCAGAAUUCCAGCACUUCUGCAAUGUCCUUGAAAGUACUGAUACCUAUAAACUUGUCUCCCAAAAUACCAAUUCAGAUGCAAAGUAUUUGACUCUGGCUUUUUGGUCGAUCUUUUCAUUGCCCAUCUUUCAAAAGGACUGCCAUCCCACCCUGUUAAAUCAACUCAUCCCAUACCUGAAGGAAAUCGACAUCAACGAAAUUCAGACUCAGGUUUUUGUAUUAAGAGAACAGCUGGAAAGUCUUACUCAAUGUUGCAAAGCUGACAAACCUUGUUCUGCUUCUGACUGUUGUAAAAGUUUGUAA